CAUAAUCAAAGAUCUCUAAUUUUGUCCUUAAUACUCGAACCAAUGUUUGGAGAUCAGUUUUGGCUACAUGGCAAAUUGGUAUGCCACUAGUAGUAAUUUCCUGGUUGACCGACGGUAAGCUAACAGUCAUCAUAAUUGAAGAUUGCUUAGCUUGAUGUUGAUCUCAGCCUCCCCACGCCAAGCGGCCCAAACCGUUGCAUAUAGGACAGUAACGUCUAUAAAGAGAGCACAUGAGCGUGAAAAAAAGGUAUCACUUGAGAAGCUAAGUAUUUGUAUUAUCACAACCACAACCGAGAAAUAUCAAACACUAAUCUAUCUAUUUUUUCUCGUUAGCUUAAUUAUUUGGAUAUGAUUGAGUAUAUUUUAGGAGGAAUCUUUGCAUUUUUGGUGGGUUUGUUCCUAUAUUACGGUUCUAGUUCUCAAAAGAAUGAUAUCAAGAAGAACAAAGUAGUAACGGCGAAGGAAAAUGAAUUUCUUGAUGGAGAAUUCAAGAGUAAAGAAGAAACUGAUGUUAUAAUUGUGGGUGCUGGUGUUGCUGGUGCCGCUCUUGCUUAUACUCUUGGAAAGGAUGGACGUCGAGUACACGUGAUAGAGAGAGAUCUAACGGAACCUGAUAGGAUUGUUGGGGAACUACUACAACCCGGAGGAUUUUUGAAAUUAGUUGAGCUGGGUCUUGGAGAUUGUGUGGAAGAGAUUGAUGCUCAAAGAGUCUUUGGAUAUGCUCUUUUUAAAGAUGGAAAGAAUACAAAAGUCUCGUAUCCUUUAGAAGAUUUUCAGGCGGAUGUGGCUGGAAGAAGCUUUCAUAAUGGACGUUUCAUUCAACGGAUGCGACGAAAAGCUGCAACACUUCCAAACGUUCGGUUGGAACAAGGGACUGUUACUUCCUUGCUUGAAGAGAAUGGAACUGUUAAAGGAGUAACAUAUAAGACCAAGAACGGGGAAGAAUUAAAAGCUUAUGCUCCUCUUACGGUUGUUUGUGAUGGGUGCUUUUCAAACUUGCGCCGCUCUCUCUGCACCCCUAAGGUGGAUGUGCCGUCUUGUUUCGUUGGAUUGAUUUUGGAGAACUGUGAGCUUCCAUACCCAAACCAUGGACAUGUUGUUUUGGCUGAUCCUUCACCAAUCUUGUUUUAUCAAAUCAGUAGUCAUGAAGUGCGUUGCUUGGUUGAUGUACCCGGACAAAAAGUACCAUCUCUUUCUAACGGUGAUAUGGCCAACUAUCUGAAAACGGCGGUGGCACCCCAGAUCCCCUCACAACUGCAUGAUUCGUUCAUAUCAGCAAUAGAUAAGGGGAACAUAAGAACAAUGCCUAACAGAAGCAUGCCAGCUCUUCCCCACCCAACUCCUGGUGCUAUAUUAAUGGGGGAUGCAUUCAAUAUGCGCCAUCCUUUAACUGGAGGCGGGAUGACCGUGGCUUUAGCUGAUAUCGUUCUUCUACGUAAUCUGCUCAAACCUCUGAUGGAUCUUAAUGAUGCCUCUUCUUUGUGCAAAUAUCUUGAAUCUUUUUACACUUUGCGCAAGCCUGUGGCGUCAACUAUAAAUACUUUGGCAGCUGCAUUAUACAAAGUCUUUUGUGUGUCACAUGAUGAAGCAAGAACAGAAAUGCGCGAAGCCUGUUUUGACUAUUUAAGCCUCGGAGGAGUCUUCUCAUCAGGACCAGUGGCAUUACUUUCUGGUCUCAAUCCACGUCCACUGAGUUUGGUUUGCCAUUUCUUUGCAGUAGCAAUUUAUGGUGUUGGCCGUCUGUUACUACCAUUCCCUUCUCCCAAACGUUUGUGGAUUGGAGCUAGACUAAUAUCGAGUGCAUCGGGUAUUAUUUUUCCGAUUAUAAAGGCAGAAGGAGUCAGACAGAUGUUCUUUCCGGCAACUAUGUCAGCGUAUUAUAGAGCUCCCCCAGUUAACUGAAAGAUAUUGGACUAUAGGGUAGUUCAAGUCCUUCAAAAGAAAAGUUGGUCUAAAGUUCAAUCACUCAUGUUCUUUGUGCCACUGGAUUAUAAUGAAACAAAGCAAAAAUAAAGUGUACAUCCCCUCAAUUAUCAUUCUAUAUUUUUUUUGUUUGGACAGUGAUUUUCGCCAUUUUCUAUUAAGUUCUGUGUUUGAGUUUGAUAAACGCUUGUCCUCUUGGACAGAUAUCUAUGAGAGCAAUUCCUAUGGGAAUGAAC